UACCUCAUUCGUUUAAAUAUACCAUUCACAAUUGAAAAAAUAUCUAUUGUGAACAAUUGGUACGAAAACACGGGUUUUGACAGCUGAAACACCGACGAUCAUAUAACAGGCACGUUGUGAUAACAUAAAAUUUUUAAUUGGCAAUAUGAACUUCUCACGCGUCGCUUUGCGUCAAUUCACACGUCACAGCAGCCGUGUACGCAUGUACUCGGCCGAAGCAGCACCUGCUGCGGCCGGUGCCCCUGAAAAAUUGGUGCCUCCGCCUCCAGAGGGUGCUGCCAAGCCACCAAACCCAAAAUUGGACAGCCUUGUCAACAGUAUUGCGGCACUCAACUUACUUGAAGUUUCUGAGCUUAGUGCGUUGCUUAAAAAGAAAUUAAAUUUGCCUGAAACAUCAUUCGUGCCACAAUUUGCUGCCGGCCCAGCACGUCCUGCUUCUGCUGAAGAAGAAGAGGAAGCAGCCGCUCCGAAGAAGGUACAGACCGCAUUCAAAGUGAAGUUACUAAAAUUCGAUGAGAAACAAAAGGUUGCGCUAAUCAAGGAGGUAAAGAAUCUCUUGGAGGGCAUGAAUUUGGUGCAGGCUAAAAAAUUCGUUGAAAGUGCGCCAACUAUUGUUAAAGAAGAUUUACCCAAAGAUGAAGCAGAAAAACUCAAAGAAGCUUUGAGCAAAGCUGGCGCUGUCGUUGAAAUUGAAUAGAUUUGAUGCAUUACCUGAGUUACAUGUGCAGUUAGAAGGAGCUGUAUUAUAUGUAGCGCCCGUUAUUCUUAAAUACAAACAUAGUUUUACACACAUUUAUUUGUGCCUACAAAAAAUGGCUUAUUGUUUUAUUUUCAACUUUAAUUACCAAAAAUAUAAUAAAUAUUAAUGUUUUAUCUCUAAUACACACUUUCUGUAAUACAUUUACAUUUAUUAUACAUUUGUUCGAAAUUAAAAAUCAAACUUUCCAAGAA